AGCCUUCCCAAGUUGGGCUGCGAGUCCUGGCGAGGUUCCCCGCGGAAGCACUGCACGUCGUGGGCUCUCCCGGCGGGACUCACCUCCCGGGGAAUCCCCGGCGCCGGGUAGGGAGAGCGGAGCCUGCAGGGCCUACGGAAGGGAACCUGGAAAUUGGGUCCCGCCCGCCCGCGCCGGCGGGAGUGCUGGGCUGGGGCGCAGGCGUGCGGCAGAGGCGGAGAGGACGGGAACUCACUUCCACGCUGUAACCCCCCGUUUCCGUCGCGGCCCCGGGGGACUCGGCUGCACGCGCGCAGCUGAAUUCGGCGCCGCGUUGGCCCCAGCCCCAGGGCGGCCGUGGGGCGCGUGAGAACCCGCUGGGAUGCGUGGCCCCGGCGCGCGCGCGCCCCGCGUCCGGGUGCCGCUCCGCUCCACCUGGCCCCUCCACCCCCUCCCUGUCUCAUCCCCUCCCUCCUCCACACCCCCGCCCCCGGGACCCGCCGGCGCCCUCCUCGCACCGGCCGGAGAGUAGUACACAAAGCGGCGGGUGAGGGGAAGCCUAGCAGGCGUGCACCGCGCAGUGAGAUCACUGGCGUUAUAAAUAUCCCAGUGCCAGCGCCGGGCUCCGUUCGGGUGGCCUCUCUCUCUCCCCUUCUCCCUCUCUCUCCCCCGAGGCUAUGUCCGCCCGGCGCGGCGAGGGGGGCAGCGCCAGAGGCACGCAGCCGCGCGGGGGCUACAGAGCCCAGAGCCAGCCCUACAAGAUGCACUUAGGACCCCCGCGGCUGGAAGAAUGAGCUUGUCCCUCCUCCUCCUCUUCCUCAGCCACCUGAUCCUCAGCGCCUGGGCUCAAGGGGAGAAGCGCCUCGCCCCCAAAGGGCAACUCGGACCCGCUGCCACGGAGAAGAUCCCGGGAGGCUCCAGCAGCCGCCGGAACAGCAGUAGCACCACGUCUUCCUCUGCCUCCUCCCCCGCGACUCCUCCGGGCAGCCCAGGAAGCGGCUUGGAGCAGAGCAGUUUCCAGUGGACGCCCUCGGGACGCCGGACUGGCAGCCUCUACUGCAGAGUGGGCAUCGGCUUCCAUCUGCAGAUCUACCCGGAUGGCAAAGUCAAUGGCUCCCACGAAGCCAAUAUGUUAAGUAUUUUGGAAAUAUUUGCUGUGUCUCAGGGGAUUGUAGGAAUACGAGGAGUUUUCAGCAACAAAUUUUUAGCGAUGUCAAAAAAAGGAAAACUCCAUGCAAGUGCCAAAUUUACAGAUGACUGCAAGUUCAGGGAGCGAUUUCAAGAAAACAGCUACAACACCUAUGCCUCAGCAAUACAUAGAACUGAAAACACGGGGCGCGAGUGGUACGUGGCCCUGAACAAGAGAGGGAAAGCGAAACGGGGCUGCAGCCCCAGGGUGAAACCCCAGCACAUCUCCACCCACUUCCUGCCAAGGUUCAAGCAGUCUGAGCAGCCAGAACUCUCUUUCACAGUGACUGUUCCUGAGAAGAAGAAGCCACCCAAUCCUGUCAAGCCAAAGGUCCCGACCCUUACUGCACCCAGGAAGAGUCCCAACACAGUGAAAUACAGACUCAAGUUUCGUUUUGGAUAAUGUUCCUCUUAGCCUUGUGAGAAGCCACAGGCCCCCUCAGGAGUUUCCACAGGUGUCUUUACAGCUCUGGAGAAAAAUGUGGACACGGCUUCAGCUCCACUACACCGCAGGGAAGUCAGGCCUUUUGUUUCAGUGGGACUGAAACAAAAAUGUUUGCUGGCAGGUACUGAACUGGAAUUCUUUGUACGGAUACAGGGAGCACACUGCCUCAGUUCAGCAAGACAGGAAGCUUUUUGCUUUAUGCUUAGUGCAUACUAGGACUCUGUUUUCAAGAAGUUAAACAGUGUGGACGAUGUAUUUUUCUGACUUUUACAGAUCAACCCAAAAGAACAUACAUGACGUGUUUAUUUUUUUGUUUGUUUGUGUGUGUUUUUUUGGUUUCUAAAGAAUAUUUUGAUGCAGAUAAAAUAUUUUAUUAACUUUUGUUUUUUGUGUUUUUU